UAAAAGGAAUUCUAACCUAUAAUUAUCUAUAAUUAAAAUUAAAUUUUAACACUUCCAGAGCAAUGCGAGCUUAAAAUACUGCAUUUAUUGACAAUAAAUUUCAUGUUAACAUGUCACUACAUAAAUUCAUACGGAGGAACGUAGUUAUACAAUAUAACCAUUUUCAGCUUGCUAUUUCAUGUCGAAAAUUAAGUAUUAUUCCUUCAGUGUACGACGGGGAUCAAGAUCCAGGUCCUAAGUUUUUUUCGUCAGGCGUUCAAGCGCUUCUGAAACGAUUAACUAGACCGGACUUUUCAAAAGUAUUCCGUAAAAGAACAAAUAGCAACCGUUCUGUUCUUAAAACUCCCGAAUAUAAGUUUUUAACAGAUGAGGAACUCCAAAGCGAAUUUUCAAAGGCCAAUAAGACUGCAGCUCGAUUACUACAAAUGCCACCGGUUGUUAAGGUACAUCAGCCAAUCAAUGAAGUUUUAUCAAAGGAUCCAGCUCUAGUUGGAUAUGACAACACAAAGUAUUUAUUCACAGAUAUCACUUUUGGUGUACCAAAUGAACAUAGGCUUAUUGUGGAAAGGGACCCUGAUGGUACUCUGCAAAUGAGUGACCAUGAUACACGAAAAAGACUUAAUCAGAUAUACUUUCCAAUUCAGGGCCGCAAAGUAAGAGAACCAAUGAUGUUUGCUGAUGAGGAGAAAUUAACUGGUCUAUUGGAGGCGGAGAAAUAUGAAUUUAUACUUGAUAGAGCUUGCAUACAAUAUGAGCCGGAUGAAGCUUCUUACCAGAAAGUGACAAGCAUUACCUAUCAGCAUGUUGACAUGAAGACCAAUUUUAAAUUGUUGAGAUCAACAAGGCAUUUUGGUCCCUUAGCUUUCUAUUUAACUUGGCAUCAGUCAAUGGAUAACUUGAUGUUGGAGUUAUUGCAAACUGGUGUUAUAAGAGAAGCUGUGCUGUUGAUGGGGCUGAGACAAGCCAUUCAUGAGGAUAUUGCAUUUGCCAGUGACCUUAACGCAUUAGUAAAACAAGUUCUCCCUACUCCCGUGCAAGCAGCGAAACCUGACAGUUUAUCGGAAGAUGACAUCCAACUUGACAACAAGUGUAUAGAUUGUGUUGUCAAAUAUAUAUCUAACAACUCCGCUAUGAAGAGCCAACAAGAACUUGCUCUACAAGGCUUCAGAGAAGAUUAUCAGCAGAUGGUGGAACUCAGUCGUGGCUUGAGGAAGGCUCAUGGAGAAGCCUAAAGUUAUUAAAUAUUUAACUAAGUGUAA